AUGACAGGGUUUGCCUACUCUUCUUCUUCUUUUUCUUCUUGUGGUGCCUGCAAAUUUCUAAGGCGAAAAUGCAGUGAUCAAUGUGUUUUUGCUCCUUUCUUCAGCUAUGAAGAAGCCACUUCCCAUUUUGCAGCUGUUCACAAAGUGUUUGGUGCAAGUAAUGUUUCGAAGCUUCUCUUACACCUCCCUGUGCACAAUCGAAGCCACGCUGCCAUUACUGUUGCUUAUGAAGCUCUUGAGCGAAUGCGAGAUCCCACCUAUGGCUGCAUUGCUCACAUCUUCGCAUUGCAGCAAGAGGUUGCAAGCUUGCAAGAGGAGAUAGAAAUUCUCGGGAGCCAAAUAGCCAACUUCACCACUGCAACCGACACCGUUGCAACGACCGAGAAUCCGUUUAUAGAGCUCCAAGUCUCGCAGCAGCUGAGUGAUUUUGUGAUGAACACAGAUGAUUAUCAAAAUCAUCUAUUUUCUCAACUGCCUCACCAAACUUUUGAUCAUCGUGGCCAAAACGAUGCUCAGAUGAUAUCUCCAUUGUGUUGCUUAGGGGAAGAAAAUGGGUAUUUUGGGUGUAACCCAAAUGCUAUGGAGAACUUUGCUUCUUAUCCAUGGUAGUUAGUUUUGGUGAAGAAUAAGCUAAGAGAUUGAAAUUUUGUAGUUGGCCGUUGGCAUGGAAGAUGAAU